GCUGUGAUCCGACGAGUUUGACCAUCUCCGACUAGCGUCGCUGUCCUCCGCACUGAGAGCUAAACAUGGCGGACUAUUCGAGAGUAAAAUCGACGAAACUGGUCCUGAAAGGAUCAAAGGAUAAGGGCAAGAAGAAGAAACACAAGGACAGCAAGAGAAAAAGGAAUGAUGAUGCAAAUAGAAUGGACAUUGUUGGAGGCUGGUGGGUGGUUGGUCACUUCGGAGAAAUCAGUGGAACCGUUUCCAUAGAGAUGCAUGACAGCUCAUACGUCCACGCUUUGGACACGGGGCUUUUCACUCUCGGGGCACCACACAAAGGGGAAGAAGGACCAGUCCCCCCAGAGCAGUUCACAGCCAUAAAGGUGUCAGACUCCAGGAUCGCCCUCAAGUCAGGCUACGGGAAGUACCUAGGGGUGGACGCAGAGGGCGUGGUGGUGGGCCGCUCCGACGCCAUUGGGUCCCGGGAGCAGUGGGAACCCGUCUUCCAAGAUGGUAGGAUGGCUCUGAUGGCUGCCAAUAGCUGUUUCAUCUCCUACAGCGAGGACGGUGACAUUGUUGCCAAGAGCAAGACUGCUAAAGACGAGGAGAUGAUAAAGAUCCGCUCCUGUGCUGAGAGGGAGGCGAAGAGGAGCGACGACAUCGCAGAUGAGGACCGGGGGAAUGUCAAGAGCUGCGAGAUAAACUACGUGAAGAAGUUUCAGAGCUUCCAAGACCAAAGGCUAAGGAUCAAUGAGGGACACAACAAUGAGCUGAAGAAGGCCAGGCUGGACGGAAAGUUCCACGAGACAAUGCUCGACCGGAGAGCCAAGAUGAAAGCUGACCGAUACUGCAAAUGAGAUUUCAUGUUUUUUUUUUUGUGUAUGUUUUUUCCUCUUAAAUGUUGUGUAUUUUUCCCUGCAGUUUCUUUAAAAUCUAUAGUCGAUGUUCUUUUCUUUAUUAACAUUAAAUCUUUCAGAAAAAGUGAAUUGUA